UUUUCCUUCAGGAAGACGAAUGGCGCUGACGGGAUGACGGUGGUCAUACGAACGGAGAGUAGAAAGGUUCCCAAAACUAAAAAAUAAAACAAGUAAGCCGCACCCCGAAAGGGGGAAAGGUUCCGGAAACCAAAAAAUAAAACAACAAAAGGAAGCCGCACCACGCAAGGGAUGGGCGGAUUUCGACGGACCAUUCACGUGAACGUCACGUGCCCGUGUCUUUUGCCCGAGCGAGGCGAGCACACAUGUGUGGAGCUUCCUUUCUCUCCCAUACACAUAGCUUGGAGAGGCAAGGAUGGCCUCACUAUUUAAGUUAGCCAUUUUCAACUUCCACAAUUAAAAUGGGACUAAAAAUUUACACCACUCUUACAUUUUUUCAUGCCCAUAUAGACCUUUGAAAUUUAUUUGAAAUUAGCUGAAAUGUUCACAGGGCCAAGCUCAAAUUCCCAAAUUGCAACAAUAAACACGUACAGCGGCCCCUAACGGGGUUGAUACGCUUCGAUACAUCUGCCCUCUGUGUUUUUACAGGGUGGGCUCCACCACGUGGAUAUCCGCAGACUUCCGAGUCAGCAGCAGCCUAUAGCUGUAGGCACGCUCUCCCGUCCGGGCCGUCCUUCAUCCGCUGCCCCUGCGGUGCGCUCCGUCAAGCGGCAGCAACCCAAGACUCCAAGAGCGAUGGAUCCGGCGAUAGGCGAUAGCUUGGAGUGCCUCCUCUGGGACUGCCUCGAAUCCGAAGCGCUGCAGAGCUUGUGCAUCGGCGCCGGGGCCGGCGGCGGCAGCAGCCAGCAGCACCGCGACGGUUACUCCAGCGCCCCGGACGCCGACUCCAACUCCUCCGCGGCGACCGCGGGCGCGGGGAGCAUCGGCAGCAGGCCCGGCAGCAGCAUCGUCGUCACGGAGAGGCGCCGCCGCCGGAGGCUCAACGACCGGCUCUACGCCCUCCGCAGCGUGGUCCCCAACAUCACCAAGAUGGACAAGGCGUCCAUCCUCGGGGACGCCAUCGAGUACAUCCUGCAGCUGCAGCAGCUCGAGCGCCAGCUGCUCGCCGAGCUAGCCCUCCUCGAGGCCGGCGCGGGCGCGCACCACCUACUGGUCGGCACGCCAAUGCCGUCUGCCGGCGCCCGCGCCGGCACGGGGGAAGACGAUGUCCGCGCGGGCCACGCCGCCGUGUCGCCGACGAAAAGGGUGAAACGGAGCCCGUCCUUGUCGUCCCCGGCGGCGUCACGCCACAGCCCCUCCUCGCCGCCGGUCAACGCUCUGCAGGUGAGGGUGUCGGGCGCGGGGGAUAAGGUGCUGGUGGUGAGCGUCGCGUGCCGCCACCGAAGGGACGCCGUGGCCAAGCUGUGCCGCGCGCUCGAGGGGCUCCGCCUCUGCGUCAUCGCCGCCAACGUCACCACCGCGUCGGGGACCGUGACGCACACCGUGCUCGUCCAGAAAGAAGAAAUGAAUCAGACUGAGAUGAAGGAAAUGGUUGAGACAGCAAUCACCCAACUUGAUGAUGUCGUUGGAAGUCCACUUAGCAGUAUGUGUUACUGAAGGUUUCUGGCGAGCCACUCAUAUCUCCGAUCCCUCAAUUAAUGAUAAAUAACCUUGUUCUUCCAAUUGUGAAGUGGCUUUCAAAAUUUUGAAUUAUGCUGUCAAGCAAUCUAUGGUUGCUUCCAUCACAUGAAUGCUGAUACAUCCAAUAAUCUGCAAGGAAGAGAAUGUAUCUUAUUGGUAUGUUGAGUAAAUGACCGAUCUUACAUGAUGAGCCCAGGGCUCCUCUAAAUUGUCCACCUUA